GUCGGCUAUGAACGAUCAUUUUUAUGCAUUUUGACAUAACAGAUUUCUGCUGUGCCUGUGUUCUGGUUCUAUGUGUGUAAUAUGUUCGGGUAGAAGCUUCACGGAAUCAGAAGUCAGAGAUAUUUGCGCAGCGGUCUUGAGAGAGCGAUCGACAGAACUAAUUUUGGGAUUGAGGGGCCCGCCUGGUCCCCCUGGGCUCUUACAACGUGGACUACCGGGAAAGACAGGAGCCCCUGGUAUCCCAGGUGACCCAGGUCCACCAGGUCUGCCAGGAGAAAUGGGUUUCAUGGGAUUACCAGGUCCAGCUGGACCUCCAGGUUCGAUCGGUUUUACCGGAGAAAGGGGUGAAAAAGGGGAUCGUGGACCCGAAGGUGUUGGUGUUGAAGGAUCUCCAGGAGCUAGAGGUCCUCCAGGUCCUCCUGGCAGUCCCGGUAUCGGGCUACCUGGUCCAGAAGGUGAUAGAGGAGAACCUGGAAGACAAGGUAUUCCGGGACUCAGGGGUAUGCCUGGUCCUCAAGGCCCUCCAGGAUACUGCGAAUUUUGCAAUAAUAAUAAUGCAGCUCAAAACUACCAAGCCUACGUAAGAUCUCUUGGGACCAGUAAAGGGCCAUAACCAGAGAUGACUUGAGCGUCUGCGAAAAGCUCCAAUAAUUACUUUGUAGGCAAAUUUAUAUGUAAAAAAUAAAUAAUAAAAUCAAUGAUAGAGAAUGAUAAAGAA